AUAAACCACGAACACGUGAGAGGCGUGGCGCGUGGUCGCACAAUAAUGACGUAGAAGAAAUUAGACUCCGAUAUUGUGCUGGAUACAGUCAGGAGCAGUUUGAAGUCCUCUCUCUGCCCUGGCUGCAGCCGGUGUUGACCUGUCAGACAGCGAGUGGCCCCAUCGAGGACAUGGAGGUAGAGCAUGUAGCCCCGGAAGGCCCUGACGUGGCCCCUGUGGAGGAGGAACCUCUCUUCACUAACUUGGACAUAUUCCUUUUUUCUCUCAUUGUUGGCCUACUCAUCUACUGGUUCCUUUCUCGCAAGAAGACUGAGGAGACCAUCCCAGAGUUCAAGAGGCUCACCCCUGUAGUCACUCCGCAGCGAGAAACCAGCUUUAUUGAGAAAAUGAAGAAAACGAACAGGAACAUGGUGGUUUUCUACGGCUCUCAGACGGGCACGGCUGAGGAGUUCUGCGGCCGACUGUCCAAAGACGCCCAGCGCUACGGAAUGAGAGGCAUGUCAGCUGACCCCGAGGAAUAUGACAUGUCGGAGCUGCCUCGUCUUGCGGAGAUCGACAACUCCCUGGCUGUAUUCUGCAUGGCCACCUAUGGGGAGGGGGAUCCCACAGACAACGCUCAGGACUUUUACGACUGGAUGCAGGAGAACGACGAGGACCUGAAAGGAGUCAACUUCGCGGUGUUUGGCUUGGGGAAUAAAACAUAUGAGCACUUCAAUGCAAUGGGAAAGUAUACUGACAAGAGACUAGAAGAGCUGGGUGGCAAGAGGAUCUAUGACCUGGGAAUGGGAGACGACGAUGGCAACCUUGAGGAAGACUUCGUAUCAUGGAAGGAGCAGUUCUGGCCUGCUGUGUGUGAGCACUUUGGGGUGGAGGCCACAGGAGAUGACACCAGCAUCCGGCAGUACGAGUUGGUGGUUCCAACUGACAUCAACAUGAAUAAGGUGUACACUGGGGAGAUGGGUCGCCUCAAGAGCUUUGAGACCCAGAAACCGCCUUUUGAUGCUAAGAACCCCUACUUGGCCACAGUGGCUGUCAACCGCCAGCUGAACCAAUCCGGCGACCGCCAUCUGAUGCAUCUAGAGCUGGACACCUCAGGUUCCAAAAUUAGAUAUGACUCUGGAGACCACGUUGCUGUUUACCCCGUUAAUGACGUGUCAAUAGUGAACAGAAUAGGCCAAAUCCUGGAUGCCGACCUGGACACUGUUAUCUCUCUCAACAACCUCGACGAGGAGUCCAAUAAGAAGCACCCGUUCCCGUGUCCGACCACAUACCGCACAGCUCUGACCCACUACCUGGACAUCACCAACCCCCCUCGCACCAACGUACUGUUUGAGCUGGCCCAGUACGCCACCGACCCCAAGGACCAGGACACCCUCCGCAAGAUGGCCUCCGCCUCCCCCGAGGGCAAGGGUCUGUACCAGAGCUGGGUGCUGGAUGCUCAGAGGAACAUUCUGGCUGUGUUGGAGGACAUGCCGUCCCUCCACCCUACCAUAGACCACCUGUGUGAGCUGCUACCCCGCCUACAGGCUCGCUACUACUCCAUCGCCUCCUCUGGCAAGGUGUAUCCCACCAUGGUGAGCAUAUGUGCGGUGGUGGUGGAGUUCCAGACCAGCACAGGGCGGACCUUCAAGGGUGUGGCCACCAACUGGCUGAAGAACAAGGUUGUGGUGACGGACAACGGCCACAAGGCCACUGUGCCCAUGUACGUCCGCAAGUCCCAGUUCCGGCUUCCUUUCAAGGCCAGCAACCCGGUGGUGAUGAUCGGGCCCGGCACGGGCAUCGCCCCCUUCAUGGGCUUCCUCCAGGAGAGAGGCUGGAUGAAGGAGCAGGGGAAGGAUGUCGGCGAGACGAUACUGUACUUCGGCUGUCGCCGCAGAAACGAGGACUUCCUGUACCAGCAGGAACUGGAGGAGUUUGAGAAGGCGGGCGUGCUGACUCAGCUCAACGUUGCCUUCUCCAGAGACCAGGAAGGGAAGGUGUAUGUGCAGCAUCUCCUGAAGAAGAACAAAGAACAUCUGUGGAAGCUGAUCCAUACUGACAAUGCUCACCUCUACAUUUGCGGGGAUGCUCGGAACAUGGCACGGGACGUGCAGAACACCUUCUAUGACAUCGCUGAAGAGGUCGGAGGCCUCACACACACACAGGCUGUGGCCUACAUCAAGAAGCUGAUGACCAAGGGCCGCUACUCUCUGGAUGUGUGGAGCUAAAGAAAAUGAAGCUUACUUGCAGGACACCCUCACAACCCCCUAGAUGUUACCCCUCACCCAAAUGAAAUGGGUUAACGGUAAACACCUUUUUAAACAGUUUUUGGAGGUAACACGUCAGCACCUAAUCUCUAAAUGGAAAGACGUAUGUCUGAGUUUUUGUUGUCCUUAUUAUUGGAUUUGUUUGUAAUCUUACUGAAAGCCUUUUGUGGGGACUCGUACUGAGAAGUAGUGCUGUUAAUUUAGGAUUGUUUGGGAAUUGGCUCAUACUCUAACUUGACCCCUAACCCCCAGGUCUUUCAUGUAGAUUUGGUCUACAUUCUCCUUUAAGGUUAUGGGGGGAAAAAACAUCUCUAUUGUGGAAUAAAUCAAUAGAUUUUUUUAUUAAGAGUGCAGGCAGACCUUCAUUGUUUCACAUCAGAUUAGAAAAGUUGGAGAUGAUAAUUUACAGGACCAGUCAAAAGUUUGAACACCUCCUCAUUCAAGGGUUUUUCUUUAUUUUAAAUAUGUUCUACAUU